GGAGAAGAAACACAGUCCGACGACGCCGUAAAACACAACCUGGGAGAGAUGGAUCCACUCACCGCUCUCCGGCAAUACACCAUCGACAACAACCUCGACAAAAUCACUCGUUCCGGCAACGAAUUCCGUUUCGGCGACGAUUACCUCUUUCCGGCAACGGCGGAAACGGCCUACCGCUCCAAGAGUGGACAACAUUACACCCUAGAAUCCCUAGUACACUUCGUCACCAACCAACACCUCCGGCACGCGGAAUACUUCGCCAAUGCUCGUCAACUUGCCAUUUCCGGCGUCACCUUGCCGGACCGGAAAGAGCUCCUCGAUUACCUCACCGGGAGAAUCGAGUCCUCCAGUUCCAUUGACGUUUCCGCUAAGGUUGUUUACAAUACUCUCCGGGACUUGAACGCCGCUCCUCCCGGCGAAGCUGACGGGGAAGGUCAAAUUUACGCGAACGAUGAGAAAGAAAUUGAUCCGAUGGUGAACCCAGUCAAGUGGAUCAAGUCCAUGGAGAGGCCUUUGAAGGAUAAGGAGCAAAUUUUGUGCUGUAAGAAUCGUGACUUUUAUAGUGUUCUGACGGCGGCAACGAAGAGGGACGAGGAGCGGCAGAGAGCUGAGGCUUUGCAGAGGAAGGAUAAUUUAGUAGCUAAGAGCAGGAUUGAAAGGGGCGCGGAGGAUGUGGGCCUAGGGUUAGGUUUUGAUGGAGCUCAGAAGACGAAAUUGCAUCUCAAAGGGAGCAAAAUUGGGGAAGGGGUUCCGAUUAUUUUGGUGCCCAGUGCAUUUUCUACAUUGAUUACUAUGUAUAAUGUGAAGGAUUUUUUGGAGGACGGGGUGUUCGUUCCUACUGAUGUGAAGGUGAAUCAGAAGGUUGUGAAGUCGGAUUGUGUGACUGUGCAGAACAAAUUUAGCAGGGAUCGGGCGGUUACUGCUUACGAGGUUAGGGAUAAGCCGUCUGCUUUGAAGCCUGAGGAUUGGGAUCGUGUGGUAGCUGUUUUCGUGUUGGGGAAGGAGUGGCAGUUCAAAGACUGGCCUUUCAAGGAUCAUGUGGAGAUUUUCAAUAAAAUUCUUGGAUUUUACUUGAGAUUUGAGGAUGAUAGUGUGGAGUCUGCGAAAGUUGUGAAGCAGUGGAAUGUGAAGAUCAUAUCGAUUAGCAAGAACAAACGUCACCAAGAUAGAGCUGCUGCACUUGAAGUUUGGGACAGGCUGGAAGAAUUUAUACGAUCUCGAUCACGCUGAGGUGUGGAAAUGGAGUAUUUUAUCCUAGUUCUCAUAGUUGGCCUUUUACUUACCUUCGCUGUUAAUCCUAUUUCUGGCUCUGAUUUGGAGAAGUUGAGAAGCCUCACCCUGUUUUAUUAUAUAGCUUAACUAAAUGGAUGCCAGUUUAUGGCCAUGGGGACUUCUUUACUGGUUAAGCUAUGAAACAACUGCUUUGUUUUGUAUGUCUUGCUUCUGAAAAGUAACGAGCUCUUGAAUAAGCUAAACUUAAUGUCUAUUUUAGUUGCCAAGCCGUUGGGAAAAGUUUGUACAUCUAUCUUCUUUCUCCAUUCUCCUUGCAGUAUGAAUUUGUUUUCUGAUGGAACUUCUGGUUUCAAUUUUGUCUUCAAAAGUUUAGUUGUCGGGUUGUUCAAGGGCAAAAAAUGUUGAUAUGAUAGGGUGUUGAUUUGGAUGUUGGCAGAUCUAUUGUCUAUGGAAUUAAGUCAACCUUGUGGAUCGACUGCAUGCUUUUUUUUUUAUGAUUGAAAGGGUGCAAGAAGAUGUGGAUUGUGCAAUAUGCGUCACAAGGCCAGGGUAAUUGUUCUUGUGCAUUUAGUGAGACCGUAUGACUUCUGAAAUGUGCUGGUGCAGAACGUGAAGGGGGAUAUUAGCUUCUCAACUGUAGAACAAUUUUCGAAACUGGAAAUGGAAAUCCCAUUCGAUGUUUCUGGGCAAUAUUAUUAGUUUGUUGUGUUAUCUGAAGCUUGUCUUUCGUUUUUCUGAUUUUUCCUUUGUAUCUCCUCUUCUUCAUCUAUGCCGUGUAAAAAAUUCUGGGCAAUUUCGAAGUUUAGCUCUUUGAAUGCAAUCAGCUGGCUGUUACUUGAUCUUCUUUUAUAUGAGCUAAUUUGCAGAUUGCCCCUUUUGACAUCUAACUGAAAGUGAGGCCAUUUCAUGGAGUCUUGUUUAUUACUACUUUUUAUAGCCUUUUGACAAAAGGCAAUAGGUGUAUGUUAUAGUUCAUGUUCCGUUUCGAUCAUUCUUGUUAGGUUUGCAUAAUGUGUAAACAACAGUCUACACGUUACAGAGUUGAAGCAUAUAUAAAAAAAAGAUCAUCUCUUUUAUUUAUGCAUAAAUGUUGGAACACAAUCUAAAUACAAAACCAUGUGCGACCCAUGAAGCAGGUCAGGUAAAAAGAAUAGCUCAAAGAUGGACAAAUCAACUCUGUAAGGAACCUGAACAAUCUCAACCUAAACACAGCUAAACUGAAGCAGAAAAUAGCAGUAGCAGCAAUAUGAAUUCGAUCUAUGAUGCUCAUUGGAGACCUCAGAAGGUUGAAGCAUAUGAUGCAACGAACAGAAGGCAGAACAAAACAGGGGCUGCUAAUUUGAUAGAAGUAGCAUCUGAGGAGCCAUUAUUUGUUGAUGGUACUGCAUCACUGCCACGUCCUGGAAGACAUCGAUUGUAAGCACAACUGACGAGUUACAUGAGUAUAUAUGGAGAUCUUGUUUCCUUUAUUCAUACUAUAAAACGGAGCCAUACCUGAUGGAACCGUGCUGGGAGUACCGGGAGCUGCACCAGGAGAUGAUGCAGGAGAUCCACCUGCAUAAAAUUGAAAACAGAAGUUAGCAGCGGUCCAAACAUGCACAAUCUCAACAUUUUUUUUCCAAGGAUUUGCCAAAAGUUUAUGAUUCAGCUAUCAAGUUUACCACUGCUUUUGCACUGGCUGGCUCCUGGAGUUUGAACAUUGCAGGCUUUUGGUAAAGCCAGGGCCUGAGUCUGAUUAAUGUUGAUCCCAAGGGAAGAUCCACCAUUAAGAACCUGACACAAGCAUUGCGGCUGGGAGCGAACGACGGUUUCAAGCUGAGUACAGCAACCUGAAGCUGGAGUUGUGGAGUUCCCCUGAAUGUAGCUCAGACAGGGGGACAUGCUGAUUAUCACCUGAGUACAAUCAGUAUUAGACUGAGCAUUUGCUCCUGCCAAGAUCAUGGAAACUACAAAAAGGGCUAAUCCCAUUUCCAUUCUUUGAUUUGCCAUUGAGAAUUGAUCAAAUCUGAAAGAAGGAAACUUGACAGAAAGCUGUAAAAAUCUGAUAUUGAAUUGAUGAUACUACAAAAUCUGCUGUGGUGAAGAGAAGUGUAUGGAUGUAAGAGGGUUUAUAAAGGUGGCUAGGACAAAUAGUCAAAACAAUAGAAUAAGAAUAUGUAGUUAACCAAACUUUCCUACUCUUUUACAUUAAUCUGGGAUUUUGAACCACUAUGAACAGGACACGAGCCCUACAAGUUCUGUUUGGACAUUGAAAAAGAGGCAAAAUUCAGAGGUUUGAAUUGGACUUUUGUGUGAG